CUGAGCUAAGUUUGUGAAUUCAGCUCGAAGCCUCAUCAUGAAACUGUUCAUCGCUCUGUCCGUGCUCGUUGCCGUUGCUUCGGCCCUCCCUCAAUUUGGUAGAGGUGGCUCAAGUGCCAGCGCCAACGCAAAUGCCAAUGCGCAAUCAUUCGGCGGUAAUCGCGGUGGCGGCUUCGGUGGUGGUCCCGGAUUCGGUGGCGGAUUCGGUGGUGGUCCCGCCGGAUUCGGUGGUGGUCCCGGCGGAUUCGGUGGUGGUCCCGGCGGAUUCGGUGGUCGUCCCGGCGGAUUCGGAGGCCCUGGAAUCGGUGGUGGAUUUGGUGGCCGUCCCGGCGGAUUCGGUGGUGGUCCCGGAUUCGGCGGUGGAUUCGGAGGCCCUGGUGCUGGAUUCGGUGGUCGUCCAGGCGGUGGAUUCGGUGGUGGCGGCAGCAGCUCAGCCAGUGCCAACGCCGCUGCCAGCAGUAACUCUGGUGGCUUUGGUGGCUCCAACUCGAACGCCAACGCCAACGCCAAUGCCAACACACAAAGUGGAUUCCGCGGCUAAGCCCUAGAUUAUUAGACAAUUAAUGUAAAUAAAAUAAAUGAAGGAGUUGACUCAUGGGAAUAAAAAAAAAAAAAGUGGAGGAAU